CGGGACGGAGAUAGUAUAAAAAGCGUCCGCCUGCCACCCCUUUCUUCUCUCCAAAAUUUCACUUUACGCAUAUAUACACAAACAAGAAAGAUCGAUCGAAGAGAAGAACAGCGCAGCUAGCUAAUUAAGACUUAUGGGCUCUUUAUUAGUUCCCAAUAACUCUGCUGCCUUUAAUGACUUCUCCAUCCCAGAUGAUACUACAACAGGCAAGAUCAUAACUUGCAAAGCGGCGGUGGCGUAUGGUCCCGGGGAGGCGUUGGUGGUGGAGGAUGUGUUAGUGGAUCCGCCUCAGAAAUCGGAGGUUCGAAUUAAGAUCAUUUUCACUUCAAUUUGCCACACAGAUCUCAGUGCCUGGAAAGGAGAGAACGAGGCUCAACGUGCUUUCCCCCGAAUUCUCGGCCACGAAGCCUCCGGGGUGGUGGAGAGCGUGGGGGAAGGGGUGAGAGACAUGAGGGCGGGGGACCACGUGGUGCCGAUCUUCAACGGGGAGUGCGGGGCGUGCCGACAGUGCAAGUCGAGCAAGACCAACCUGUGCGAGGAGUUCCGGGUGAGCCCGUUGAGGGGCGUGAUGGUCGGGGACGGCGAGUGCAGGUUCUCCACCAAAGAGGGGAAACCGAUCUACCAUUUCCUCAACACCUCCACCUUCUCCCAGUACACCGUGGUCCACUCCGCUUGCGUCGUCAAGAUCGACCCCACCGCCCCCCUCAAACUCAUGACUUUGCUCAGCUGUGGCGUCUCCACCGGUACGUACGUUUGGAGAAGCAUAGAGGUUGGAUGGUCAGCUCCUACUAUGACCAAUGCAGAUGGAGAACUAAUUCAGAAACCUUAUGAAAGAUUAAUCAAGAAAGAGAAGGAUGCUGCAGAAUCGAAUGAUCAGGCUUUGAAUGCAAUCUUCGGAGCGGUUGAUAGAAAUCAGUUCCGUCUUAUCUCAAAUUGCACAGAGGCCAAGAGAGCUUGGGAAAUUUUGCUUAUUACUCAUGAAGGCACUACUACAGUCAAGACAGCCAAACUUCAGAUCGUGAUGUCUAAAAUUGAAAAUCUUAAGAUGGAGGAUACUAAGUCUAUCACAAAUUUUCAUGGGCGAGUUAGAGAGUUGGGAAAUGAGGCUGAAAGGCUUGGUGAACCAAUCACAGAAAACAAACUGGUGUUGAAAGUGCUACGGUCUCUUCCAGAAAAAUACUCUAUGGAUGUUAAAGCUAUUAGACAAACACAAUCUCUCAAUGUUAUGUCUCUUGAUGAACUGAUGGGAAACUUAGAAACCAUUGAGUUGGAGAUGCAUGAAGAUCUACAACGUAAAAAGCAGCAUGUCAUCCUCGUUGAAAAAGAGAAGCAGUGUGUUAAAGACAGUGCUGAAACAUGCUGUGCUUUUCCAACUUUCCAUAGUGUUGACGGUGACUUUGAUAGUGACGUAGAUCCAAGGGAGAUGCUUAUAAUUGUUGAAGAAAAAUUUCAAGAGUCUCUACGGGUCAACACGAAAAAAUGUUUGGAAAAUGAUAGCCUCAAACGUGAACUUGCUGAAUCAAAAUGCGAUGUGGAACAACUCAUCAAAGAGUUACAGAGAUACAAAGGUAAAGUUACAGCAGAGGAUGACACAGAGGAUGAUACAGAGGAUGAUACAGAAGAUGACACAGAGGUUGACACAGCAGAAGAGCUAGCUAUUCUCCAAAGGAAGUGGGUAGAACUUGUUCAAGCCAACCAGAAAACUGUUCUGGAGAACCAUCAGCUUGUUGCCGAGCGCAAUAGACUAAAGGAGAGUAUUUCAGAACUAGAAAAGAAGAUUGAAUACUUAGAAGGGCAACAAUCAGAUCUCAAGUAUGAAUUAAAUCAACUCAAAAACUUUCACAAGUGGAUGAGAAGUGCUGGAGCAAAAGCUAUUGAGGAACAAGUGAAUGUUUCAGAAUUUUUUGGAGACAAGACGGGUCUCGGAUUCUCAAGUUCCGAAAGAAAUCAGACCCCACUGGACUUGUUUGUUGAUCGAAGAAAGGAAAUUGCUCAAAAAGUUCCACAAGGAAGGAAAACAGAAGCUGCUGCAUCUGCUGGAACAUCUUCUGCCAAACCCGCUGAAGCAUCUCAUGAAGCUUCUGCUGGAACAAUUUAUGCAGCACCCUAUGCAAAAAGGCAAAGAGUUGUGACACAAUCUAGUAUGAGAAGACACAAGGAUCAUUAUGCUAAACCUGAAAGGUAUUCUUAUACUAAUGUCUAUGCUAAUUAUGUUUGUUUUUGCUGUGGAAAAAGAGGACACAUUCAAAGGAAAUGCAAGAUUUUUAAAGAGCAAAGAUAUAGGAAAAAGAAUGUGACAACAAGGAUGAUUUGGGUACCUAAGAAUCAGUACAAAACAGGUGAUAAUCCUUGUGUGAAGGAUGUUGCUUCUGAUCAAUGCCAUGUUAGUAGUGCAAGCUUGCAUCAAGAAGAAAAGAAAACAAAUCGUUGUGCUGUUAAGAGUGCUGAAUCAUCUCAUAAGUGUGAUGAAGUGACACGUCCUAGUCAUGAGAGUGAGAAGUUUAUGAAUAUAAAAAAACGAGCAUUGGGCAUGUGUAAAAGAGCAUUUGAUGGGAAUCGGUUUGGUAUACUCAGAUCCCGCUUGGGUCUAUGCACACCCAUCUCUACCUGAUUUAGAGGAUGCUCUAAGAGAUCAAGAAGAAUCUUUAUUUGAAGGUCGAUUGGAAUCUACGUCCUUGAAGAAGAUCUUUGAGAAGGUGUAACAAGCCGUGGAGAUAGACGCAAACCGAGUUUGUCGUCAAGUCAUUCGUAAGUAGACAAAUCAAUACAUUAGAAGGUU